UCAUUUUUCAUUAAUUUUGACUGCAACUUUCCCACGAACAUCAAACCUUUCUUCUUUGUUCGCUUUCUAUUUCGUUUGACUUGUAGUUUAUUCAAUAUACCACAAUUUGAAUGUUUGAAACUGACGAGAUCCGUAAGCAAAUCCAUCAGAGGAUGCUGCUCCUUGCUUGUUGAUCGUGCUUAUCAAUGAAUUCUAUUAUUCAGCUGAACAUCCAAACAUGAGUACAUGGGCACAUUUUUACGCUGGAACAAUCGCUGGCCUGGCUGGGUUAUCAGUCGGACAUCCUUUCGAUGUAGUGAAAGUACGUCUUCAGUCACGCGAAUUAGCUGCUCGAUACAAUGGAACCUGGAAUUGCCUUGUCACCAUUGUAAAGCAGGAAAAGAUUUUGGGACUCUAUAAAGGAAUGACAUCACCCGCCGCUGGAGUAGCUGCCAUCAAUGCUUUAGUAUUUGGUGUCUACGGACAUUUUAUUGAGUUACAGCAACGACACAUGGUAUUCCCUUCAAAAGACCAGACACAACCGUCUCUCACUAACGUCUUUAUUGCUGGUGUAGCUGCAGGAUCAGUUACUAGCUUCAUCACCGGACCUAUGGAGCUGGUCAAAAUACAACUUCAAAAUCAAACCCACACAACAACAAGCAAAGCGUCUCUCAGUGCCCCUCGAUACACUGGACCUAUUGAUUGUUUUGUGAAAAUAUUCCAAAAAGGAGGCAUUCGUGCUUGCUAUGCUGGACUCACCCCUACUAUGCUUAGAGAAAUUAGUUUUGGCCCUUAUUUCGUUACGUUCGAAGUCAUUAGCCGACUCUUACGAUCAUUACAGCCUAAUCCAAAUGGCAAACUUUCCACCAAUGAAGAUGAUUUGAGUGGGUGGCAAGUUGUUCUCGCUGGUGGCUCGGCUGGUAUCAUGGCCUGGUGUUCUACCUAUGCUGCAGACGUUCUCAAGACGCGCAUACAGUCAGAACCUUCACGUUAUCGAGGAGUGAUAGAUUGCGCUCGCCAGUGCUAUAAGGAAGAGGGAUGGCGAAUUUUUUUCAGAGGUCUCAAUGCAACUAUUGUACGAGCUUUCCCUUCAAAUGCUGCUACCUUUGUCGCUUACACUUGGACCAUGAAAAUGUUGUCACCUGUGAAUUUACAAGAAGAGGUUCGACCGCUAUGCGAAAGCACCAGAGCAGCUUGCUAAGUUAGUUUACAUGCAACGACCUGUUCGUUCACAUAUACCAACCACUGCAGAGGAUAGCUUGAGGGAUCCUUUGGGACGAGAGCUUCUUAAUAAUAUCGUGUACUAUUGCUUGUCAAGACAAAGAGUAACCAUGUCUUUUUUUCUAUUUUUUUUUAUUUUGCUUUUGCUGUUCUUUCAAUUAAAUCACAUUCUUGCUGUGUGCAUGUACAGUCUUUGCCAGCCGUCCCUUUUUGUUUUUGGCAGGGUUAUUUUUGUUUGAUCCUUAUGUUCACCUUGUGGUUUACU